CCCCCGAUGGCCCGGCACAAGGAGAAACACCUGCAGCGAGAUCUGUGCUAAAACACACCAACACACACAAAAUCACACACUCUUGGAUAACAUGUGGAGUUGAUUCGGAUUAUAAAGCCGCACAGACGGAAAAGGUCUGUGGAUCGCCCGGUCUUCUACCAUGCCUGUCCCCCCACCCCUCAACCCCUGCAGAAAUACACACCUGCCCCACACACACCUCCACCUUGGACAGAGGGAAGAACAUCCCACCUUCUCAUCCCUUGUCCCUCCAUCCAUCAUCCCUCUUUCUCUUCUUCCACCUCUUCGUGCUUCACAUUUGUCAUCGUCAUCACACCUUGUCCACUGCUCCUGCCCCCGGACUACAAGACGGACACUCCCCAGUUCUGUCCCUUUCCCGGCUUUUCACUGGCUGACUCUGGUCACAUGCUGCCUGCUGCCUUCUUUGAUUGGUGCAGGCGAAACGUGGGGGAUGGUCUCUGCCUGCCCCUUCCACUGUGUGUGUAGAAACCUAUCCGAGUCGCUCAGCACACUCUGUGCCGACAAGGGCCUCCUGUUCGUCCCUCCACAUGUUGACCGACGCACCGUCGAGCUGCGACUGGCUGACAACUUCAUCACAGAAGUAGGCGGGAAUGACUUUGUCAACAUGACGGGCUUAGUUGAUUUGACACUGUCAAGGAAUACCAUCCACCUAAUUCGACCACUGGCUUUUGCUGAUCUCGAAAGUCUGCGCUCUUUGCAUCUGGAUGGUAAUCGCUUGACAACACUGGGACCACGAGACCUUGCUGGUUUGGUCAAUCUUCAACACCUGAUUGUCAACAACAACCAACUGGUCAAAGUAUCUGUCCAGGCCUUUGACAACUUCUUGCUAACACUGGAGGAUCUCGACAUGUCCUACAACAACCUCAGAAGGGUACCAUGGGAGUCCAUCCAGAACAUGGCCAGCCUGCACACACUCAACCUGGACCACAACCUGAUAGACCACAUAGCCGAAGGGGUCUUCGGUGAGCUGUACAAGCUUGCGCGACUGGAUAUGACCUCCAACAGGCUACGAACCUUACCUCCUGAUCCUCUCUUUGCAAGGUCACAAACAGGUGCGAUAAGCCCCACCCCUUACAAUGCUGUCAUAAGCCUGAAUUUUGGAGGGAACCCACUACACUGUAACUGUGAACUGCUGUGGUUACGGAGGCUCAUCCGUGGAGAUGAUAUGGAAACCUGCGCCACACCUGCUCACCUAGCUGGAAGGUAUUUCUGGUCAAUUCCUGAGGAGGAGUUCACCUGUGAACCACCACUUAUUACCCGUCAUACUCUCAAACUCUGGGUGCUGGAGGGACAAAGAGCCACGCUGAAGUGCCGAGCCCUUGGUGACCCUGACCCAGUAGUCCACUGGGUUUCACCUGAUGACCGCAUUGUUGCAAACACAUCUCGGACAAGCUCAUUCAGUAACGGAACCUUGGAUAUCUUAGUAACAGUUGCCAGGGAUGCCGGGACAUACACAUGCAUUGCGAUCAACGCAGCGGGUGAAGCCACUGCCACUGUGGAUCUUAAAAUAAUCCCACUGCCCCAUCGGGGUGGAGCAGGUGGAAGCACAGGGAAUAACAAUGUGAAUGCCAAGAACAACCGGAAUGUAACCAAUGGGAUUUUACAAACAGAUCCAGGCUCUUCGGAUAUCAGCACAGGGAAAAACGGAGGCAUCAACAACGGAGCAGGACGUGGAGGAGAUGUGGAGGAUGGGAGGCGAGGUGGAAGCGAAGAAGAUGAGUCCGAUGGUGGCAGGAUUUCCGAAGGGGAGAGGGUUGAUGGAGGGAGCAUGGAGGACAAGGAAGAGGAUGAGGAAGAAGAGAGGUUGGUUGGAGUACAGGGAAUUACGUCAACCUCAGCUCAGGUCCGAUGGGAUUUAGGUCGUUUGUCUGGAGCUUACAUCGUGUGGAUGUAUCAGAUACAAUACAACUGCACCGCUGACGAGACCCUCAUCUACAGAAUCCUGCCGUCCCACACUGAUCGUUUCCUGCUGAAGAACCUGGUGGCGGGUGUGGACUAUAACUUGUGCGUGCUGGCCAUUUUCGACGACACGGUCACGUCAUUAGCAGCAACUAAAGUUCUCGGCUGCACCACCUUCGUCACCAAGGAUGUUUACCCAGCGUGUCGCUCUCUCCAGGCACAUUUCUUGGGCGGGACGCUCACUAUUUUAGUGGGUGGGGUUGUUGUGGUCACUCUACUUGUGUUUACUGUGGCGCUCAUGGUUCGCCAUCGUGUGUGUAACCAUGGCGACCACAUAAUAUGUCACAACAGCAGCAGCGAAGCAGGAGGUGGGGCCUGCUGUCAGGGUGGAGGCGUUGGUGGAGGUGAGAAAAGAGGAAACAGCAGCGGGAUCUAUCAGGCUAAUGGCUCCGGGGACAUGAUGAUGGUGGUCCUACCCAAUGGUCUACCUUCUAAGAGGGGUGGGGACAAGGAGAAGGACAAGGAGAAGGAAGGAUCCGAUUCUGCUUCUGUGCUGCCUCAAAAACCGCUUCCAAAGCCCAGACCCAAACCUAAAGUCAACCUGGAGCAAUUUCUUUCAGCUGGAGGGGUGGUUUCCACGACGGCGGGGGCAACAGGGGAGAUGGCUCUGGUGGUGAGACAGAGGAUGCUUGAGAAAGCGCCGCCAUACACAUCUGAAAGUGACAGAACUCCCCUCUACUACUCCCCUUCCCCUCCAUCCACACUGCCCCGUCGGUCUCACUCCAGAGACCGUCCGAAACCUCGUCUGGAGCGAGAACUAACCAAUCGUGCCAGUUUCUCCCUGGCGGCUCCCUCGAGGGGCGCGGAGCUCUUGGACUGGAGGAUUACACAACGAGGCAGGGACAAAUGGAACUCUUCACAGGCUUAUCAGAGUCCCGUAUCCCCUUUAAGUCCUGUCUCUGGGACUGUUAGCAAAAGACGGCACUCACUGGAUAUGGGCUCCUCUGUUGCCUUGGCGACUGAUGCUGCUGCAACUGUCGCUAAGCGCUACGGUGCUGUAAGUUAUGCCAAGCGGCUCAGCGUAAUCUGGACAAGGCGGAGCCAGUCACUUCAUGGAAUGCUGGUGCAAUGCUCCUCCACGGCCAGCACGGCGUCUUCGACAACCAGCGAUGAGUGCGACAGCAGGGGUGGCUUUGGGGCCCACUGCGAGUUCCAACGGGGAUACAUCCACACUUACAAUGCCACCAACUCCAACAACGCUAUUUGCACUAGGAGAGCAAACAGCGUAAAAGAAAAAGGGAGGGAGAAUGGGAAGCAAGGUGAAAAUGGCGAAGAGCUUGAGGAAAGUGUUGUGUAGGGAAAGAGUGUAGAUCA